AUGUCAGGCUACAACCAGACUGAAAGGGGAGAUCUCAAGUUGAGACAAUAUACUCCAAAGAAGGCUGGGAACGGUGACUGGACCACUAUCACUUAUAAUAAAAGAAGGAAUCCCUAUAGACCACAGGGCAGCCAAGGUGACACAACACCUAGGGUUAAACAUCAUAACCAUAGUUGGCGCCCACGUAAUAGGUUUGAGACACUCCGUACAGAGGAGGCGAAUAAUAUAGCUGAAAAAGAAAAUAGAAAAGAAACUCAACAAUCUUCGAACGAUUUUUUAGGACCACGAAGCCAAUACUUCAAUCGGUACCAACCAGAGCCUCCAAAACCCAGCACCAGAAAGAGACCUCUUUUAGAGGAUGCAGGGGGGGGAAGAGAUAUCGUAGGAGAAAAGAAAAUGAGAAAGUAG